CGGGGCUCGAACUCCCGGACCGCGAGAUCGUGACCUGGCUGAAGUCGGACGCUCAACCGACUGCGCCACCCAGGCGCCCCUAGGAAUAUUUCAAUUUCUAGCUUUCCUGUCUAUUAUGCAUCUCCUCAAAGUCAGCUUGUUCUGAACAUUGCCAUUUUAUAGCUUAUUUCAUUUAAUCGUAUAUAAGGUGUUAAUAAUCUGGGGGCAGGUAAGUGGUGAAGGCAGGGGGAUUAGACAGCCUGGAGCCUGAUCCUCCCCGCAUCCCACUGUGUGAUUGAGGACAAGCUGCUUAACCUCUCUGAGUCUCAGUUUUUUCAUUUGUACGGUUUGGGCAACACCAGGAAUCUUGUGAGGGUUCAGUGAUGGUUCCUGUAAAGUACUUAGGCCAGUUUGUAUUUGAUAAGUGUCUGCCAUUAUCAAGGAGGAUUUUUUUUUUAGUGCCUCUGCAGCACUUAAUGGACACCGCAAUAGCAUUUGUAGAGCCUCGUUUACUAAAAGCCUGAAACGGUCUGGUUAUUCAGAACCUAAGUGGUCUUCUGGAUGGUAUUUGAAAAACCUGUCCAGUAAUCAAAAUCAUCACUUAAAGUAGGGAAUUAUUGAAAAAAAAUAAUCCAUACCCUCCCUUAAGUAUUUGAAUUUAACUCAGAAUGUUAUUAACACACACUGCGUUGCCAGUAAGUAGUUGGAUGUGGGCCUCCAGGCGUAAGAGUACUGGUCCGCUGGUUGGAGCUGUGCCAUCUUUCUCGCACGGCCACCUUCCAAAAGCGUCAUUAUUUGUAGUUGCCGAUUUGGGCUUCCUUUAAGUGGGGUGAGAACUUAAAGGUGUACGAAAUCGUGUACUUCGAGAUUUUUGACUUGUUCUUGAUUUGACACAGUGGUUUAGGAUAUCCCCUAAUCGGACAAGAGCUUUCUGGUGUAACUUUUCCUUUAUUGAAUUUUUCAUACCGUUCAGCUUAGUCUCAUAGGAACUUAACUGUGUCAGUUGAUGUGCCAUUUAUGUAAAUUACCCAGCGUUCCCAAGUACCCACAUUACCAAGCGUAGCUGGCAUCAGACGUACGUGGACCAAUGCAGCUGGUUCUCAGCACGCAGCUCAGCGGUGGGGUUGGAAGUGUACCAGUGUGCCCAGGAGUGGCCUACGGUGCAGACGCGGGCCUUGCUCAGUAUGCUUUACAUUUGGAAGGGAGCCCUGGUUGGUCCAGCAGUCCACUUAAGUGGAGGUUGGUGAGGAAACUGUUGAGCUGCGUUUUCUGGGGUGAAGGCAUGCUCUCUCGGUGUGCUUCCUUUCUUUAAUCAAGAAGAUGUGAAUGGACCCGCAGUCUCUCUUGGAAACCCCUCUGGGGAUACUGGUGACGUGUUGCAACUUAGAAAACGCGCCUAGGCUAUCUUUUAGUCACAUAGCUAAAAGAGCUGUGAGCUAGCUAGCCGAGAAUGAGUGUGGUGCAUGCAUGGUCGAGGAUCAGAGCAAAAUGAAAUCUUGGUACAAACUAAAGCUGUUACCUUUACGUCACUAACGAUGGUAUUCGAGCCUGCUGAGCUAACUACCAGCGACAGAGGGAAGGCACGGCCUGUCCUAUUCUCAAUUCGGUCAUUUAACAAGUAUUUAGCGAACCCGCUCCAUACGCCAGGCACUGUACAAAAAGUAACAUUCUCGGAAGGAACAGCCACAUCUCUAGCCCAAAAGUGAGUAGUUGUGUUUAUGGUCCAUUAAUUAUCAACUAGUUAAUUUCCUUAGGAGGUGUUCCUUUGGACCAGUUCUCAAAGGCCCACUGCAGUGUAUUGAGUGAGAGAGGAGAAAUCCCACUUCUUACUCCUGAGCUUCCCUGGCUGCCUUCUUCCCUUUCUCCAGAGCCUGUUGUACAUCUACUGUAGGGUAGAUGUUAUCUGCAUGCAACAAACUGAGUCUCAGAGAGGGGACUGAUUUGCUUAGUGGUAUAAUACCUGAACUCUGUCAAAAAUAUCCAGAUUUAAAUUUCAUAAUUGGAGGAGAGGGACCUAAGAGAAUCAUUUUGGAAGAAGUACGGGAAAGGUACCAGCUACAUGACAGAGUACGUCUCUUGGGAGCCUUAGAACACAAGGAUGUUAGAAAUGUCUUAGUUCAAGGACAUAUUUUUCUUAAUACUUCCCUUACCGAAGCGUUCUGCAUGGCAAUUGUGGAAGCAGCCAGUUGCGGUUUACAGGUCGUCAGUACCAGGGUUGGCGGGAUUCCUGAAGUACUUCCAGAAAAUCUGAUCAUUUUGUGUGAGCCUUCUGUAAAGUCCUUGUGCGAGGGUUUGGAAAAAGCGAUUUCCCAACUCAAAUCAGGAGCGUUGCCAGCCCCCGAAGAUAUUCACAACAUCGUAAAGACUUUCUACACCUGGAGGAACGUUGCGGAAAGAACUGAAAAAGUGUACGACCGCGUGGCAGGAGAAGCCGUGUUACCGAUGGACAGACGACUGGACAGACUCAUCUCUCACUGCGGCCCGGUGACGGGCUACAUUUUUGCUUUGUUGGCUGUAGUCAACUUUCUCUUCCUCGUUUUCCUGCGAUGGGUGACUCCAGAUUCUGUCAUCGACGUUGCAAUAGACGCCACAGGGCCAGACGGGGCCUGGACUCCUCGAUACCCUCCCAGUAAAAAAGAGGGCAAGAAUAAUGCGAUGUCUAAAACCAGGUAGAAGAAAGCCUGGAUUGUAACAUUUUACACAUUUGUGAUAGUUCUGUUAAGACUAUCGAAAAUAACCUUGCUUUUUUCUUUGUUUUUUUUAAAGUUCAUUUAGUAAGUUAUGCUACCUCUAUACCAUUCAAUGUUUUAUUUUGAAGAAAGAUAAAAACUUAUGCAACUCCUGAGUGUAGAAACUCCUUGCACUUACCUAAAAUUUAGGAGAGAACAUUUAAGCCACUCAGGUAUGACAUUUUUCAGACUACUGAAAUCCCUUUAACGGAGAUGUUUUAACAUUAUAUUUUGGGAGCUUUGGGUGCUGAAGGGCCAAAUGUUUUCUGGGCAUUUUUUGGCCAAUUUUAAAUGUUCUACCAUUAAUUAGACAUUCACCAGAUGUUUACAAGUUUUCUUUAGGGAAGUACAACAACGAUACGAACUACUUUGAGUCCUGUUCACACAUGUCAUAGCCAUUGAAGUCCUGUUUGUAGCCGUUGAUUUGGUUCACUCAGUGUUACGUACCGUCAGCAGGUUUCUUGAGUAAGAUGGUCCAUCAGUUAGUAGCGUGUUUUAAGCACCUACUAUGUGUAGAACAUUGAACCAGACACUUCCUGCUGUUAAGGACCAGGGGCACGUGCGCUCUUUGUUGAUCACUCCGAUGGCUCACUUCUCUGUAGUCACAGUUGACAAGCUGGUAAAAUACCAAACAUGCCAAAAAUGCUCCUGCUUUUAAUGCCGGGAAGAAACUGUCGGCAUACUCUGAUUACUUCUUCGACCUUGUCACAUGCGUUCUCCUAGGUAGAGCCUUCGUCUUCGUUUGUGUUUAUGAAAAUACCUUUUCUUUUGAAAUACUAGGGACCGAUAUCACUGUUGAUGCUAGUGCAGAGAAACCCUCCACGUGCUUCCGUGCAUCGUUUAGUCCUCUGUACAUGCCUUCAUGUCUUCCGAGCAGAACGUACGAGGUGUGCAAUCUCCAAGUCAGCUGCUACCCUGUACCUUCGAUGCAAGCCACGUCCCUUCACUUGUGGCCUAGCUGAUGUCUGAGAAGUAUCGUCAGGAUGCAAAAGUCUUUGCCCCAGAAUGUUUUAUUCAUAGCAGAUUGAGUUUGAAAAUGUUAGGAACACAGUCUCUUGUGUGGAUGUGUGUUGUUCACUGUAAUCGUUGUUGCCCAGAGCCAUGGGUUUUUAAACCCCAAAUUUUCCACAUGGUGUGUCUUACGAACUCCUUGAACUCCUUAGAAUAAGUUUUUGUGAUCAAGGACUGUGAAAUCAAAAGAACGAGGCACUCGUUGGUGCACUAGAUAGAUUCUGGCAGUAUUGUGAUCCUUGACGGGACUUGUUUUCUUUAAUGAUAACAUUCACAAAACUUCUUUUUAAAAAGUAUCUUAACAUGCCUGUUAACCAGUUGCCACCGAUAACGUAGGGAAUAUGUUUGUGUUUUGUGCCGAAACACAAACGCGGGAGUGCGGUUUUUAAAACCUGGAAGUUAACGGUUCUUUGGUGAAAGAAAAAUGGACUGACCUAAACCAUUAAAUUUCAUUGGGAUUUUUAUGCACAGAAACGGAUUUAUAUAAAUAUGAAACAGUGCCAGUAUUCACGGCGAAGCACGCAACUAUAACCUUUGCUUUUCUGUAUCCUGUUCAGCAAUUUUGAAGGGCAUACUACUGUUGGUUCUUCUAUUUUUGUUUCUUAGCAUAUUUUCAAGAUUGCCAUGUGUUUCAGGUGGAAAUGGGAUUUAAACUUCUUGCAUGUAAAGUAUGUAAUUUGCAAAUCAGAAUUAUUUCCUUUGUUUUUAACAAACGGAAGUAAAUUUGCUUGUUCUCAUAAAUCUUAAUUUUCAGGCUUCCUGGAUACUUUAAUCGUAACUGUCAGUGUUGCACUGGUCAAUAUGUGGAAACAUAUUGUUCUACCCCGCUACUUACAUUUAUUUGAAAGUGAACUUGCAGUGAUGGGGAAUUUAUGAAAAAUAUAUUGUAUUUCUUUUGAUAUUAUAAAAAUGAGCACAUAUAACACUGAUUUAUGAAAACAUGCUACGUGUCCAAAAAUAAAGACCAAAAUGGCAUUUUGACAA